CAACAGCAAAUCUAGGUCUAUACCUUUAACUUGCGCAUAUUGCUGUUUGCUGAGCGGCGGCUGACAAGGACCCCGGGGUCGAUGCACUGCCGCGCAGAGUCGCGACAAGCUCUCUUAGUUAGAUCUAUUUACGUCAAAAGAACGCUGACAUGUCCAGAUACACGAUACUUGCAACGCUGUGCACUUCUUUGCUGCGGAAAGGUUAACUGGCCCAAAGACUUGCGGCGCAGCGCUGAAAUAGCUCCCAAAACCUAGAUACGCUCCGUCAUGAAACAAAACAUGUAUAUAUUAGCAAAAGGGCGUGACUGCCGGGGCGAGCGGCCUCGCCCAGCCGAUCUCUCCAUCGUGCUUGCUGUCACCGCUCGCUGCUCAACACAGGCUAACUUAGCUUGCCUUUGGUAGACAUUGUGCAAUCAGUCACACCUCAAGCGCUAAUCUUCAAAAUCUUUCGGUCGACUGAAACGAUAGUGAGCGUCUCAGAACGAGUCUUGUGUAGGCCGCACGUUUGAAGCGGUCGGGGCCGUGUCCAACGUAUAGGUUGCUGUUAUCAAGAAGAAACAAACCAGCUGGUAGCAAACCUCGAACGAAGUAUGGCACGGCCAUAGAAGCCCGGCCUUGCGGGAGAACUCCGGAAAAUGGGGGCUCUACCGUGCCCAGCUCAUAUCGAGCAUCAUCAGGGCUUAUCAUCGUUUGGGACACGGCGAGUCCUGCGGCAAAGCGUGGCUUGUGGAGCUCACCGCAGUCGGCGAAGGUCCCUGUGGGCAGGCGCUUCUCCCGGCGCACCUAAAUAUGACGAGGGCGCAUUAUCGUGUAGCUUUCAACUGGGCUCGGCGAGCCUGCACGUCAGCGAGGUUCGAGGUUCGCGACACGCGACACCAAGGGCCCCUCCAACCGGCGGAUGUAUCGAGCUCCCGAAAACUCUCGCGCUCACGGAGGAGCAGGACCAGCGGGCUGCGCGGGCGACCAGCCAGCUGCUAAAUGCCAUCAGUCGCUGUGCCGCGGGCUCGCCUUUGGCGCGCUUACUGACUGGUCCUCAUGGAGCCGCGAGCGCAACUGGUGCCGGGAGCCACUCGUCGUCGGCCGGGGCGCCCACGCCGACGCCGCGGCCGGACAUCGCGGCCGCUGCAGCGCUGCUCCCCUCGCUGACUUGGCGCUGGGUGUCGGUGGCGGACCUGGAAGGAGGCUGGGUUGACCGCGGCGUAGCGCACCUGCUGCGGGAAGCCUUGCUCGUGCAGAAAGCCGCGUCCGACGUCAACGCAUCCGUCAGUGAGCUGGUCGGGUGGUGCAUGGACAACUGCAGCGCACCCGCGGCGGCACUGGCGGCGCUCUGGGGGCAGCAGCAGGGAGCUGCGCUGCCCGCCCGCAGCCGCAGCUUCUACGGCCUGCUGCUUCAGCGCCUGGACGGCGGUGGCGCCAGCUCAGCAGUUGCUGCUGCGGCAGGCCGCCAGCCGCACGAGCACCAACAGGAGCGAUCAUCAGCUGAGGCGUACGGUCUGUCCCCGGCACUGGUGUUUUGCAGCUCAGUCGCCCGCACCGCACUCUCCACCUCCUCACGCCGCGGUGGGCGCUCCUCCUCUUCAGAGGAAGACGGCGAUGCGCACGACGACCGGUCGCACCCACAUACGCAGCAGCUGCUGGAGCAGGACGGGUCGGAGCCGCUGGUUGGUGCUGCUGCGUCCCCCUCCAGCAAUGGCAAGCGCUCGGCGGCUGGCCCUAGCGCCGGUGCCGACGUUAUCCUUGUUGGUGAGCUGCCCGGUGACGUGCUAUUGGACGAGUCGGUGGGCAACGUCCGCCGCCAGCAGCCGCACGCGAACGGCUCCGGCGCUAAGCACAACGGCGUGAAUGGCAGCGGUAAAAGCGGAUCCGGUGGGGCCAAGGUGGCGCAUGCGCAUGUCAACGGCUCUGCAGCAGACACGGACCCAGGGCAAGCAGCCCUGGGCGUGAAGGGGAGCGCAGAGUCUCCUCUGGAGCAGCCGGCGCCGGCGGCAAAGCGGUCAGCUGCAGGAAAGGCCUCCCGGCCUGCCGCGCUUCUCCUGAAGCGCCCGUCCCGCAGCGCCGCCCCGCCAGCACCAACGCUGCCCGACGGUGCGGAGGCGGACGGAUUCGCAUCGGACGGGAGCGGCCUGCCAGGACACGGGCAGCAGCAGCUCUCCGCCAUUGCGGCGGCGGCAGCAGCCUCAUCGCUCCUGGCCGGCCCGGCGGCGCCCAUGUCGUUCCUGGAGACGCUGAGCGACGACGACGACGAGGCGCGGCGCGCGGCGUCGCUCCUGAACGGCGCCGGCAUGUCCGACCCCGCCUCCGCUAGCAGCACCAGCACCAGUAGCAACAGCGGCACCAGCAACCUGGUGGGGCGUGUGUUCGUGCCCAUGCGGCUGGUAUCGGUCAGCCGCUUCCCGCUCCGCGACGCUCUGGGCCGGCCGCUGCCCGACGGCCUGGCCGUGCCGCCUACUGGGCCCAUCGUGCUCAGCAACGACGCCCGCGUGUUCCCCGGCACUGAGGGCCUGCUGUCCGACUACGCCACGCCCGCCGGCGACAAACUCGCCGUACGGCUGGAAUACAUCACGGACCGCUCGUACGCGUACGGCGACGUGGCGCUGCAGCUGUUCAACAUCAGCCGCGUGACGCGCAAGCGUACGGACAACUGCCAGAUGCUGGUCAACGGCAAGCCGGUCAACGUCGGCGACCCGGGUGUGCCGCUGGUGCCUGGUGACGAGAUUCGGUUUGGUCGCAGCGCGGCGUUUGCGUUCCGGCUAGAGGCACUGCCGGAGGCGCCGUCUGGGCUGGAGGCGGCGGUGCAACAGCUACAGCUUCACGCCGACAGCAGCAGCAGCAAUGGCAACGGCAGUGGCAGUAGCAGUAGCAGCGGGCUGCCGCAGGUCAGCGAGGAGGAGGUGGCGGCGGCGGCGGCUGACAUGGCGUCCCUGUCUAACAUGUCCCGCCGUGACCCGCCCCGUGCUGAGGCGCUGCUGCGACGGCUGCUGGCGGCGCGCCCGGGCGACGCCGCGCUCUGGCUCAUCUGGGCGCAGAUGGCAGCGCGCGUGGAAGGCCCCGGGCCGGGGCAGGCCAAGGCGCGGAUGCUGUUCCGCGCAGCAGCCGAUGCCGCCCGGCGCAUGCCUGUGCUGCCGCCGCCGCCGCUGGCGCUGCAGAUGGCGGCGCGGCGCGCCACCGGCGCCGGCCGGCGCCGUCGGCGCGGCGCCUCCACCACCGCAUCCAUGGACGGCGACGACGGCGCGCUCAGCGUUGCCGACGGCAGCAGCAGCGCCGAUGCCGCGAUUGACCCGGCAUCCGGUGCUUCGCCGUCAGCUGCCGCCGGCGCGCCGGCGCCCUCCGCCCGACCGCGGCACAACUGGUUGCUUGUGCAGGCGCUGGGGAACUGGGGCAAGCACGAGUGGCGGCUGCGCAUGUAUGGCUCCGCGCGGCACCUGUUCCGCGCCGCCGCGGACGAGGCGGCGCGGCACUCGGGCGGCCUGGCGGCGGGCGGCGGCGGCGCGGUGAUGCACUACUGGGGCAGCCGGGAGCUGGAGGCGGGCAAUGUGCGCAACGCGCGCAUCGUGGCGGCGGAGGCGCUGCGCAAGUGCCCGGCCGACGUGGCGCUGUACGUGCUGGCAGCAAGCGUGGAGCUGGAGGCCAGCAACCUUGAGCUGGCCAAGGGCUACUGCCAGCGCGCCUACGCUCUGGACCGCACAGACAAGCAGCUGUUUUUGAUCUGGCCGCGUGUGGAGGCGGGACUGGGCGACCGCGACAAGGCGCGAUUGCUGUUCGAGCGCGCACUGGACGCGCACCCGCUUAACACCAAGAUCAUCAACAUGUACGCUCGCUUUGAGGCAGAGGAGGGAUCCUACCGCGAAGCGGCAGAGCUGUACGACAGGGCGCUGCAAAUCGACCCACUGUCGCCCGGCCCCGGCGUGCACAACCGCGCGGACUGGGCUUCCAUGGAGACCGACCUGGGGAACACAGGCCUGGCGCGGCAGCUGCUGGAGGAGGGGCUGGAGGCGCACCCCAACAGCGCCGCACUGCUGGUCGUGUACAGCAAGCUGCAGAGGCUGGAGGGCAGGUACCAGGAGGCUCUGGCGGCUGUGCGGCGGGCGCAGGCGGUGGCGGGCGCGUUCAAUGCUGCGGUCAUGAAUGAGCGGGCACAGGUGCUGCGUGCGCUGGGCGAGCGCGAACUGGCCGCCAACCUGUCGCGCCACGUGUCAGCCGUGAAACAGCUCAACCGAAUGAAGCAGCAGGGCUACUGGGGCUCAGAGGCCUGGAGGGCGUUCGUGGAGGCCACACGCACCCCAGAGCAGCGUACCCUGGUGGCGGCGGCGCGGGCGCGCCGCCUGCAGCUGGGCUGGGCGCCGGCGGUGCGCGGCGCAAAGCCGGCGCCGCCGCCGGGCGUGGUGGCGGGCGACGGGCGGCGCCCGGCGGCGCCGGAGACGCAGCAGUGGAUGGCGCUGGAGGAGUUGCGUCGGCAGCGCGCGGAAGCGCGACGGCUGACGGCGCAACGCACGGCGCGACUGCGGGCGGAGGAGGCGGCAGCCGCCGCCGGUGGUGGUGAGGCGGGUGCCGCCGCCGCGGCGGCGGCGCUGGCGAUGGGCUCCACUGGAUCCAUGGGAAGCAUGGACGGCGAUGAGGGCUACGAUGACGAGAUCCAGGAUCCUGUGAUGUACGGCGCGGAUCUUGGAUCCGGGCCAUUGCCACGGAGGCGGUUGGAGGACCAGGACGCGGAUUAUUAUGAGGAGCCUGAAUCCAUGGCGCUGCCGCCUCUGGAUGCAGUGCGCCGCCCCAUGCCCGAUGCCGACGACAUGUGAGGAGGUGCCAGGCUUCCGACGGCCGGCGUUAGCGCAUUUGUAUGCAUGAGCGCGGUUGUUUACAUGCUGGUGGGCGUGGUGCGCGGGGGGCCGGCGGCGUCGGGUGCUGGUGUGGUGUGCUAGUUUUAGCCAGCAUACCGUACACUCCUGGCGGCCAACUCGAGUUGUAGCUUGAAUGCAUAUGCAGACAGGAAGGCAGUUGUGUGAGGUGGGGGGCGGACAGCGUAAUGGAGUACCGUCAGUAAGAGGAUGGAGUCACGGAGCAUGUGCUAGAAUGUUCCUGAGUGCUGCAUGAACUGGCUACUGCCUUGGGGAGUCGACCGCGCCUGCGGUGGUUGGGUCAGUCUCAGCAAUUUCAGGUGGGUGAUGAGACGAUGAGCUCUAAUGCAUAUUAUCGUAUGCGCUGCUGCCUGCGCACUCUCGCUGUGUGAGAGGAGGGCUACAGUAGGCUAGGCCGUGUAGGGCGUGCAGGCAACACAAGAGAGCCAGUCAAGCAGAGAGAGAGAGGGAGGGGGCAGGUGUUGCAGUGAGAACUGGAAUCGUGUCGCAGACAGAUUGCAAGGCGUAGUCCCACGGCGGCUAUCUGCACACAGAGCUGCCGUGUGACAUGUGCAAAAGGGCGUGAGGAGAUGGCAGUGGCUGUAACAAGAACAAAGA